AUGAUGCAAAGAAUCAGCCAAACUUGGAAAACAGCGAUGCUAUUGGAAUGCCGGUGGACGAAUUCACCGACGAGGUUGACCAGCGAAGGGUCAAUAGAUAAGAGAAGACCCCGGGUGAAACCACGAAGCCCAUGUUUGACGCAUUUGAGAAUAAGAGACAAGAGUGCUGUGAGAGCUUCAACGUCCAGAUGGACACAUUUUUGGUGUACUUAA